CGAGGAUUACCCAUGCAGACCAUGGUAAAUGAGUUGCUGAGGUGCGGACACCUGCAACUUGCAUUGGGAGCGAAAUGGCACCAAGGGUGCUCUACUUCUGCCCGUGCACUCUUGCCGCAGACCUGUCAUCAGCAGAACCAUCGUUGCAAGCAGGACCUUCGGCACCGGCGUCACUGGACGCUUCACCUUCCAAAGCAGCUUCUGAAAGACCGAGCGGACCUGUGCAAGGAAAACGGGCUACGACCGUAGUAGACGCGAUACCUCCACUGCCAUGCUACGAUCGCGCUGCACAGUAUUCGCACUUCACCUUGGAGAAUCUCUACUUCUGUGAAGAAUGCGACCAGAUCAAGUGCAAGCGCUGCACCACCGCCGAGGUGUCAAGCUACUACUGCUCGGUCUGCUUGUUCGACGCGCAGGCGGCGAAUGUCAAGGCUGAUCGGAACCGCUGUUCGCGAAGCUGUUUCCUUUGUCCAUCAUGCUCGCACUCCUUGCAAGUCGUCGGCAUGGUCCCCAACAAUAGCGCAGAUCAGCCAAAACUCGCGCAAGGAGAGGCCCCUUUCUUCAUGAGCUGCAGCUUCUGUCGUUGGGACAGCAAAGAAAUCGGCAUGACGUUCGAGCGGUCAUCUGGACUUUCUCUUCAAUUACAACGAAAGGACGAGCAGUCCUAUGAUUUUCUGGAGCUGCAGCACUUGAUUCAGCACUUUGACACCUUUUAUAAAGCCCAAGGCGUUUCCGAGAGCCAUCCUUCAUCGAAUGAACUUUCAUCACGUCAACGAGCAGCCCUCUCUGCCGCGGCCAAGUCGUCGAAACUGCUACGCGAUGUUCCGAUACUGUCUUCUGAGACGCAUUCGCGAUACAUGCUCGGCACAAACCGCUACAAGCAAUCUGACCAACCACGCGCUGCGCCCGAUGAUAUUUCCGAUUACAGGACCGUCACAUCCUACAACAGCGGGCGAGACCCAGCGCAACCGGAUAGUCUAGGUGUGAUAGGACGCGCCGAAGACUUCAAGGAGCGGUGGCUCUCACAGAAUACAAAUUUCGCCAAUACAACCACGCUUGGCCAGAAGUGGGCGACCAGCUCACAGCAGUCUGUUCGAACAAGAGAAUUGCGACCUCUACGUGCUCCGCUCAAAACAAAAUUGACCAAGCGCUGCACAGAUUGCUCGCACAUCCUUAUCCGCCCGGACGUCAAGGCGACAACGCCACGCUUCAAGAUCAAGCUGGUCGCGGUUAACUUCUUGCCAGCCAUACAGGUCCUAGUCGCGCCGAUGCAGGCAGCGGCUGCUGGAGAUGAGCAGCGCGCUUCAACUAGUGGUCGAGGCAACGAUGCGGCCAGCAGGAUAGGCAAACGGAUGAGCAUGAUGGGCUUGUAUGGAACGCGCCGUCCACAAAACUUUAUUACCUCUUCCGGCAGAGGCGACACCAGCUCGAUUCUCGGCACGAGAUCUACUACAGCCGUCGAUCCGGAAAGGCUACAGCCGGGCCGCACUUACAGGUUCGAAUGCACGUUCUCCAAUCCACUUGAGGAUGCGAUGAAGGUGCGCAUCAGCGUUGUCAAGCCCGCUUAUACCAUGGGCAACGCCGCAGAUGCCAGCUCCACCGAACAAUCAGCAUGGCAAGUCGCCCCUACCACAUCCCAAUUCGAACUUGCAGCGUCUAGCAUGUUGAACAUUGACGAUGAAGAGGAGCUGCUCGGAGAUUCACGGCGCAGCGGUGCCGACGACGAUGACGAUGACGACGAGUUUGACGAUGAUGAUGACUUGCUCGAUGAAGCAGACGAGGACGACCUGAGUGAUGCAGAGGGAGCUGGUCGGAAACAGGGCCGCCUGGGCGGCGAAAAAGGUCGAAAGCGACGCAAUCGCAACGGGGGCAUUAUCCGCAAAGUGGGAAACACGACCACGAUCGGUCUCGACGCUGUGCUGGGCAAGGAAGCCGCUGGCGACAUCGAAGUGGCUAUGCGCGUAACGUUUAGUUACGAGGGUAUCGACGACCAAGGGGGUCCUACUACUGGUUCGGCGCCUAACGGCGAGGAUUCGCUCAAGAGCUUUACAUUCUGGACAGCCAUCAGAUUGGGAUUCUGCGUGGACAGAGCUGCGCUGCGUAAGGCGUUCCCAACUAGCGCGCACGACUCCGUCAGCGCACAACGACACGUGUCGCGAGAGGCUGCAGAGUCAUCUGCCGAGGGCCUUCCUACACCGUCAGACACGGUGUCCACCUUAGAUACCAUCCGUGCAGCUACCUGAAUGGUCACUAUAGCCGGAAUAAAUGGAAUUUCCAAUGUCGGAGAAACAUACAUAAGUGAACCAAUGGAGAAGAGCAAAUCG